AUGUCGAAAGUUAUUACGUUAGCUUUAGUGUUAUGUGUAAUAAAUACAAUUGAAAGUCACAGAAUACUUUGCGUUUUCCCAGCGCCGUCUGUAAGUCAUGCAGCUGUGUUUCGUGUUUUGACUGAAGAAUUAGCAAAUAGAAGACACGAGUUGGUAAUAAUAACACCAGAUCCGGCUUUUAAAGGAAAAAUAGCACCGGCGAAUGUCACAGAAAUUGACGUAUAUGAUGUGUCAUACAAGGUCUGGAACGAUAUGGUUGAAAAGGCAACAGGAGCAUCUUUAUAUAAACAGUUGAAGGCGACGAUGCAAGUUUUGGCAGACUUAGUAAGAGUACAAUUAGAAACUCCACAAGUAAAAGAAUUCAUGGCCAAAAAUCAAAAGUUUGAUCUUGUUUUAACAGAAGCAAGUAUUAUAGCAGCUCUCGGUUACGCUCAUAAAUUCAAGGCCCCAGUCAUACAAGUUAGUUCAUUUUAUGGAAUAAGCAGCAAUUUCGAAGGCAUUGGUGCUCCAACGCAUUUAUUCUUGUAUCCUGCGUUGUAUAGAAAAAAGUUGGUAAAUCUAACAAUGAAAGACAAAAUAAAAGACGUACUUAUAACUCUGGUGUUAAAAUUUGCCUACAUUGGGUAUGAGAAUGAAGUAAAUAGAAUUCUAAAGACUUAUUUUGGUGAGGAUACACCUGAGUUGCACGAGUUGGAAAGUAACGUCGAUAUGUUAUUUGUGAAUACAAACCCUAUUUGGGAAGGAAAUAGACCGGUGCCUCCCGGUGUUGUGUAUUUGGGACAGUUUCAUAUACCACCUGUAAAAGAUCUUCCACAAGAUCUCAAUUCAUACCUCGACUCGUCGCGCGGAGUAAUUUAUGUUAGUUUUGGUUCCAACUUUAGCCCGUCGACUCUCUCUGAAGACAAAAUUAGUUUUCUGAUAACAGUAUUCUCGAAAUUACCUUAUGACGUUCUAUGCAAAUGGGAUACUGAAGAUCUGCCUGCACUACCGAGUAAUGUGAAAAUAAAAAAGUGGCUGCCACAAAACGACCUUCUGAGACAUCCAAACAUAAAACUUUUCAUUACUCAAGGAGGAAUGCAAUCAACAGACGAGGCAAUCGUUGCUGGCGUACCAUUAAUAGGUAUACCAUUACGAGCAGACCAGUUUUUCAAUACUGAGAAGUAUAUACAACACAAAAUUGGCGAAAAACUUAAUUGGGACACUUUAACAGAGGAGGAGUUUUAUAACACCAUAUUGAAAGUUGUGGAAGAUGCCAGCUACCGUCAAAACGUGUUGAAACUCCGUACGUUAAUGGCGGACCAGCCGAUGUCUGCGCUGGAGCGCGCGGUGUGGUGGACGGAGCACGUGCUGCGGCACGGCGGCGCGCGCCAUCUGCGAGCGCCCGCGGCCGGCAUGGGCUGGGCCGAGUACUACGAACUGAAAUUAAUCGCAGCGUUAUUAUCCAUCACAGUUACUAUUCUUAUGUUAUUUAUAGGGUUUCUGUAUAUGUUGGGGAAAUCGAUAAAAAAACUGUUUGUGAGAAAAUCCAAAAAAGACUAA